CUAUAAGAGUGAUAUUGCUGGUACGUCAUGUCAUGCGUUGUAAUUUGCCUGAGCAAAAGAGUGACCCUGAUCGGGGGGUCGGUGCGAAGAUCUGCGAUUGAUAAGAUAACACCGCUUCGAAAAAAGUCCAAAGUCCAAAGUCCAAAGUCUCUCCACCUUUCGGACAUCUUUUUCGCGACAAGAAGAUUACAACAUAACGACACAAUGGCGGCCGAAGUACAAUCGCUACAGCCUCUGAAGCUGGUCGCUGGACCUGAGGCUAUCACCGCCGAUCAGCGCUAUUGGAGAGGAUUCAGAUCACAACAACUCGUUCCCUCGCCGCAUUCAAAUCCCAUCACACACAUUUCGUUCCCUCCGUUACCCACGAACCCGCUCGUCACAGCGCCUUCCGACACGUUCGCCGUUACUUCUGGAAGCAGAGUCCAAAUUUUCUCGUCAAAAACGCGCAAGCUGUUGAAGACCAUUACACGAUUCGGAUACGACGACAUUGCGCAUUCGGGAGAGAUUCGUCGCGAUGGACGUGUACUUGUUGCUGGUGGAGACAGUGGUGCUAUCCAGGCAUUCGAUACUGGAUCAAGAGCUAUUUUGAAGACAUGGAAGGAACACAAGCAGCCCGUCUGGGUCACGAAAUGGAACCCCAACGACCUCACAUCGAUCAUGAGUUGUAGUGACGACAAGACGGUCAGACUGUGGGAUCUGCCUAGCGAGUCCAGCAUGACAACUUUCUCCGGACACCAGGAUUACGUCCGAAGUGGUGCUUUCAUGCCCGGUCAGAGCAGCAAUCUGAUCGUCUCUGGAAGUUACGAUCAGACCGUUCGUCUGUGGGAUUCAAGAGCACCCAAGCGUGCCGUCAUGACCUUCAAGCAUGCUGCUGCCAUUGAGAGUGUUUUGCCCAUGCCCUCGGGAACUCAAGUGCUUGCAGCUGCCGACAACCAAAUCAGUGUUCUGGAUCUGGUAGCUGGAAAGCCUCUACACUUGAUCAAGAACCACCAGAAGACCGUCACCUCGCUCUGCCUGGCCAACAACGGAGCAAGACUGGUCAGCGGUGGUCUGGAUGGUCACGUCAAGGUCUUUGAGACAUCAGCCUGGAAUGUCGUGGCUGGCUUCAAAUACCCUAGCCCUGUCCUUUCGCUUAGCGUUGUCGGAGCUGGUGCCACAAGAGAAGACAGACACCUUGCAGUCGGUAUGCAGUCAGGUCUUCUCUCGGUUCGCACCCGUCUGUCAGGCGAGCAGAAGGCAGCAGCAAGAGAAAAGGAGAAGGAGAUGCAAGCUUUGGUUGCUGGUACCAUCGAGGAGUACGACAGAAAGAAGGCCAAGAAGCUGCGACAAGGCGACAAGAAGGCCCUCCGUGGUCGCGAUUUCACUGGAGAGGGUGCCGAUAUUGUCAUUGACGGUAACGCCAGGGGAAACAUCAGAAACCAGUCAAAGUGGGAGUCUGCUCUACGAAAUGGAAAGUACGCUCUGGCUGUCGACAUGGUCCUUGGAGCUACAAAAUUCUACAACCCCAACAUGCUCACUCUCCUCACCGCACUCCGUCACAGAUCAGCCAUGCGCACAGCAUUCAAGGGCCGUGACGAGGCAUCUCUUCAGCCCAUCCUCCGCUGGGUCAUCAAGUACAUUGGCCACCCUCGCUACAUCAAGCUCACAAGUGAUGUCGCCAUGCUUCUCUUGGACCUGUACUCAGAACAAGCCAUGGAGUCUCCCGAGAUCGAUGAUCUCCUCAAUCAACUUCACCGCAAGGUCAGACACUGCUCAGAAUUGGCACAAGCUGCAUACUCGACUCAGGGCAUGCUUGACUUGCUCGUCUCUGGUGCUUGAACAACGAAACAGCACUUGAAUCGCAUCGAAAUAGCUGGUACAGAGCAGUCUCUGGCCAUACGUCUGCAAGUCGGUCCGCGCCGCAACAUGCUCCGAGAGGGAGAGAUACGAGAGCGGCGAGUGCGACGGCGCGCCCGAGAAAAGCGUUCAGCGAGCGUCGGGGAGCAUUACCAAUUACUCAAGUGAUGCAAGCCCGACAAAAAGUGCAAGAAGCAUGGCGUUCGGUAUGGUGUAGAUAUGGCAUAGGGAGGAGCUUAGGAGUUUCUGUAGAGCAUGCACAAAAAUAAUGAUACCCAUAUUAUUCAAGAGUUGUGCAAGAA